GAACUAUUUCACAACCAUGGUCAAUCCAACGAGCAGUACCAUGGACUCCAGACCCGAACCCAAGGAUCUCUCGCACCACCUAAGCCGAGUGACCAAGCAGCGUCAGGCCAGUUCCGUCAAACAGUUCUACAAGUACUUCCAAAUUCCUGGCAUUGGACAAUUGGCUGGUGGCCUGCCGAAUAAUUACUACUUCCCAUUCGACACACUCGAGGCCAAAGUCGCGCGACCAGACCGCUGGGAGCCGACGCCGAACAGACCCAUUGAUCCGCCACCGCACAACGAUGAAGCCCUCGCAGCUCUCAGCCUGCACGACAAUGGCAAGACAAAGGCAGAAAGCAGCCCGUUAGGGCAACCACAAGAUGCGAUCCGAGUACCGCAUACAUCUCUUCAGCCAAAUCCCGUCAAGAAGAUCGAUCUGUCCACGGCAUUGCAAUAUGGACAGGCGCAAGGAUACCCACCGCUAUACUACUUCAUUCGCGAGUUCACCCAGAAGCACAUGCACCCGAAUUGCCCAUAUAAAGGUGGGCCAGAAGUUCUGUUGACCUGCGGAAAUACCGAUGGCUUCAGCAAGGCGCUUCAAGCGUUCAACAAUGAGUGGAGUGAGGAGAAGGACUGGAUUCGAGACCGUGAAGGUAUUCUUGUGGAAGAGUUUGCUUAUAUGAACGCCGUGCAAGCCGCACGGCCGCGAGGCUUGAACGUCGUUCCGGUGGGAAUUGACGACGAAGGCAUGCGAGCUGCUGGUCCCGGCGGUUUGAAAGAGGUGCUGGAGAAUUGGGAUUACAAGAAGGGCAAGAUGCCACAUCUGAUGUAUACUGUGACCAUGGGUCAAAACCCAACCUCUGGAGUGCUCUCCCUCCAGCGUCGACGAGAGCUUUAUGCUCUCUGCUCCAAGUACGACAUCCUCAUCAUUGAGGACGACCCGUACUGGUACCUCCAAUUCCCCAGCGAAUACAAGUUUCUUGACAGUCUUGUUCCUAGCUACUUGAGCGUUGACACUGAUGGUCGUGUGAUUCGUCUGGACACAUUCUCUAAGACUGUCGCCCCGGGCUGUCGAUUGGGCUGGAUCACAGCACAGCCUGCACUUAUCGAACGAAUGCUUCGCAUCACCGAGACGAGCACACAGCAGCCAUCUGGCUUCGUGCAGUCAGUUGUCGCUGAACUCGUCCUCGGACCAGAUCACAGCGGCUUGGACAAGAGCUCAAAGGGCGGCAAGGGUGGCUUGACCACCGGCGAGGGCUGGAAGGCCGAUGGCUGGGUCCGCUGGCUGGAAGGUCUCCGAGGAAACUACGAGCGUCGCAUGAACACUAUGAGCAGCAUCCUCGACUCUGGCAGAUUCCAAGUCAAGGCAGGCCGUCGCAAUAGCCUCAUGGACGACUCCGAAGACGAGUGGUCCGUUGUUGAGAAGACCGAGUUGUACUCCUUCGACUGGCCAGUCGGCGGCAUGUUCAUUUGGUGGAAAAUCCAUUUCGAGAACCACCCGCUUUACAACACAUACAAGAAGAUCAAGGGCGGUCUCCCACGCCUGUCUCGAGCGCUCUGGGUUUUCUUCACCACAAAGCCGUACCAAGUGCUCGUUGCUCCAGGCACAAUGUUCAGUCCCACAGCAGAAAUUGCCGAGAAAAAUGGCUGGAAGUACUACCGUCUCUGCUUCGCUGCGAUUGACGAGGACAAGCUGGCUCCUGUUAGUCACCGAUUGAGAGAUGCCGCGAAUGCUUUCUGGAGGAUCAAGGACAAGAAGACGAUCGACGAAUUGCUUGAGGAAGACAGCCAGACGCUGGAAGGUAAAGCAGACCUUGCGACAAUGACGGCCAUGAUUGGGCCUUGUUAA